UCUGUAUUUUUAGAACCUGAGUCACCAACAUUGGUCGAGAGCAUAAUUAAUACAUUUAUACCGUCUGGAGAUCAACAACCACAGCCACAGCCACAGCCAACGCCUAACUACAAUUAUGGUUCCUGUCAACCGUCUCCAUCUAAAACAUCCGCGCCCGGAUUCGUCUGCAAAGGUCAACUGUUAUUCGAAGACAAUUUCAGCAGCACACUCCAGGACGGACAGAUAUGGACACCAGAAGUUAAGAUACCUUUACAACCGGAUUAUCCAUUCAAUUUAUACGAAGAUACGGCUGAAGUGAGAGAUGGUAAACUUUUGAUUAGUCCAAAAACCCUGACUUCAAAGUACGGUAAUGAUUUUCUUAGAAGCUCCCUGUCCUUAAGUCAUAGUUGUACUGGAACAACGUAUGAAGAAUGUAAUUUCGAAGCAUUUGGACCUCAAAUUCUGCCGCCAAUUAUCACUGCUAAGAUAACAACUAAAAGGUCUUUUAGUUUUAAAUAUGGAAGGAUAGAAGUUAGAGCUAAAAUGCCGUUAGGAGAUUGGCUGAUACCUCUGAUACAACUGGAGCCACGUGACAACAUUUACGGGUCGAUGGACUACGAGUCAGGUUUGAUGCGUGUCGCUUGCGUGAAGGGCAACUUGGAGAUGUCUAGGAAACUGUACGGAGGUCCCAUCGUUACCAAAUCCGAGCCAUUGAGAAGUGAAUAUUUACGACAAAAACAAAGUAACCAACAAUGGAGCAAAUAUUUUCAUAAUUAUACAUUGGUAUGGACUCCAGAUAACAUUCUUUUGUAUGUUGAUGGAGAAAAUUAUGGAAGAAUAACGGCUGAAGCUCUUUCAACAAAACUGUAUAAUGGAGGUAGUAUGGCUCCACUGGAUGAAAUGUUUUAUAUAUCAAUAGGGAUGGAUGUUGGCGGUGUUAAUGAAUUUAAUGACUCCCCGACAAAGCCGUGGGAGAACUCUUCAAACAAAGCUACGCUGGAUUUCUGGAACUCUCGCAACACGUGGAUCCCAACAUGGACUUCUAAGAGUACAUUAAGUGUGGAUUAUGUACGCGUUUACGCUUUGUAGUACAAGUUUUAUUAUUACAGACAUUUUAGGGAUCACCUAUGAAUGGCUUUGAUCGUAUUUUUUAAAUGCCUUUAUUUGUUGUGAUAUUGUCUUAAAAGUCUCAAUAAAGUAGGUCGAAGGUUUUA